AAAAUAUUGACUUAAAAGCCUUUGCACGUGCAUCUUAUUAAAGAUGUAACCUAAGUUAAACCUGCAACAAGCCGUCUGAUUUUUGCCUGUUUCCGUUUCAGAAUGUAUGACAACAUGUCCACAAUGGUGUGUGUGAAGGAAGACCGGCUGGAGAAGCUUACGCAGGAUGAAAUCAUUUCUAAGACAAAGCAAGUGAUUCAGGGGCUGGAAGCGCUGAAGAAUGAGCACAAUUCCAUUCUACAGAGUUUGCUCGAGACACUGAAGUGUCUGCAGAAAGAUGACGAAAGUAACCUGGUGGAGGAGAAAUCGAACAUGAUCCGGAAGUCGCUGGAGAUGUUGGAGCUUGGCCUGAGUGAGGCACAGGUCAUGAUGGCUCUGUCCAACCACUUGAAUGCCGUGGAGUCAGAGAAGCAGAAGCUGCGUGCGCAGGUCCGCCGUCUGUGCCAGGAGAACCAGUGGUUGCGCGACGAGCUGGCCAACACGCAGCAGAAGCUGCAGAAGAGCGAGCAGUCUGUGGCCCAGCUGGAGGAAGAGAAGAAACAUCUGGAAUUCAUGAAUCAGCUGAAAAAAUAUGAUGAUGACAUUUCUCCAUCUGAGGACAAGGACACUGAUUCCACCAAAGAACCUCUGGAUGACCUUUUUCCCAACGAUGAUGACGACCCGGGUCAGGGAAUCCAGCAGCAGCACAGCAGCGCCGCGGCGGCCGCCCAGCAGGGUGGAUAUGAGAUCCCAGCCCGCCUGCGCACCCUGCACAACCUGGUCAUCCAGUAUGCCUCGCAGGGGCGCUAUGAGGUGGCUGUGCCCCUGUGCAAGCAGGCCCUGGAGGACCUGGAGAAGACUUCCGGCCAUGACCACCCGGACGUGGCCACCAUGCUCAACAUCCUGGCCUUGGUCUACAGAGACCAGAAUAAGUACAAAGAUGCAGCCAAUCUCCUGAAUGAUGCCCUGGCCAUACGUGAGAAAACUCUGGGCAAAGACCAUCCUGCGGUGGCAGCAACUCUGAACAACCUCGCAGUGCUUUAUGGCAAGAGGGGGAAGUACAAGGAGGCGGAACCGCUGUGUAAAAGAGCUCUGGAGAUCCGAGAAAAGGUUUUGGGAAAGGACCACCCCGACGUGGCCAAGCAGUUAAAUAACUUGGCCUUACUGUGCCAGAACCAGGGCAAGUACGAGGAAGUGGAAUAUUACUACCAGAGAGCCCUCGAGAUCUACCAGACAAAACUGGGGCCCGAUGACCCCAAUGUGGCCAAGACGAAAAACAACCUGGCCUCCUGCUACCUGAAGCAAGGAAAGUUCAAGCAGGCAGAAGCGCUGUACAAAGAGAUCCUCACACGUGCGCACGAGAGGGAGUUUGGUUCUGUGGAUGAUGAAAAUAAACCCAUCUGGAUGCACGCGGAGGAAAGGGAAGAGUGUAAGGGAAAGCAGAAGGAUGGUCCAUCUUUUGGAGAGUAUGGUGGCUGGUACAAAGCCUGCAAAGUUGACAGUCCAACGGUCACCACGACUUUAAAAAACCUUGGGGCACUUUAUAGACGUCAAGGCAAAUUCGAAGCUGCAGAAACACUGGAAGAAGCGGCCAUGAGGUCACGUAAACAGGGUCUUGACAAUGUUCACAAACAGAGAGUGGCUGAAGUGCUGAGCGACCCUGAGAGCUCGGAGAAGCGCCGCAGCCGGGAGAGCCUGACCGUGGACACGGUCAAGUACGAGAGUGGCCCUGACGGAGGGGAGGAAGUGAGUAUGGGCGUAGAGUGGAGCGGGGAUGGCACUGGAUCUUUAAAACGCAGUGGUUCCUUUAGCAAACUCCGGGCCUCAAUUAGACGCAGCAGUGAGAAGCUGGUUAGGAAGCUGAAGGGAGGAAGUUCCCGAGAGAGUGAGCCAAGGAACCCUGGCAUGAAGCGCGCCAGCUCUCUGAAUGUCCUAAACGUGGGUGGCAAGGCAGCCGAAGACCAUGUCCAAGAACGAAAUAAUUGUCUAGCAGACUCGAGAGCUCUGAGUGCCAGCCACACUGACCUGGCCCACUGCGGGCCAAGGCCAAGCUAGAUAAGCUGAGCCCCCGCCCCGCCAGGCCCCUGCCCAUGCUGCCUGGGAGGGAGGCCCGGCUCACUUCCUUUUCUGGGUGGUGCCCUCCACCACCUACAGAGGUUUGCCCUGAAUUCUGUUACGUGGUCUGCAGUCCUCAUGACCGAGAGCUGCCGAAGCUCAACCAUGAGACCCGGCCAGGCGCGACGGCCCAGGGCACAGAGCGGCCCGGCAGCGGCUUCACCUUGGACUCGGCCAUUUCCCACGGACACACGCACUUUCUACAUGACACCAAAAUCUAGUUUAAAUUCAGAAUCGUUAAUGCAAUAUUUAAUAGGCUAUAAACUAAGAAUCUGGAACCUUAACCUGCCUCUAAUGAUCUGUGGCAGCAAUGCCUGGAUGUAGAGUGGUGACCAGAAAGGAAUCCCUCAGGUGCCGGGUCCCAGCUCCCAUGCAGGGUGCUGUGCACCACCCUGCCCGACACUCGCCAGGCUCCUGCAUCCACCCUUGGGAACCCUGGCCUGCAAGCUAAGCAUGCGCGUUGUUGGGUUAAUAACCCAGGGUGGGUUUGGACAGGAACAUUUUCAGGUCAGGCUAAGGCACUGUCCUCACAGGGCUCUGUAAGCGCAACCACUGGGUGAAGGAAAUGCUAAGCAACGGGUUCCAGGUGACAGCAUCUGGGGCGCAUGCGAAGGGGCACGUCCACCGGGAGCUAGCAGCAUCAUUCUUUAGACUGGGGGGUGAUGGGUCUGAGACACUGAGCAUCCGUGUGGGGUGCCGUCAGCUUGAAGUUCAUUUCGUUUAUCCUAAUGCAACUGGUGUCCUGGCAGAGGCCCAGCUUUGCUUACUCCCAGCUUUCUCCUGUGAGUAGCAUGAGGCUCAGGGCGGGGGGCUCACUUUGAGGAGCCCUGGAUCCCCGUGUCCGUCAGCCAAGCUCCACGUGGGCGGCCUGGAGGCAGCAGCACCUGGGAUCCAUCACAGCAAGGUUGGGCUUCAAACUUCAAGGUUCCUGUAAUGUAAUCGUGUCCCUUGCGAGUGCACUGUUCCCUCGUGGACCGGCCUUCCGGUUCACAGGUGCCCUGUGCUGCCUGCAGCUGACACGGUCCCCUGCAGCCCGUCUCCCUUAGCCGCGCUGCUUUUUGGCUCCUGACUCCAUUUAGGUUUUACAAGUUCUGAUGGUUAGGACUUCCUUUCCAAAUUAAAAAAACCCCCAACCUCCACUGGUUGUGAGAAACCACUGAAAAAGAGAGCAGAGCUGUGUUCCUCAUGGACCCCACCACUCUUUGAAGGUGACCCAUGAGGCGCAGCAGGGCGACGUGGCACCGCCCGGGUGCUGUCUCAUCCUUGUCAGGAGGGGACCAGGGGCUGCCCCUUCCCUCCCCUCCAUUUGGAGUUGGCUUCUCCACAGCCACAGAGCUGACCCAGCACCUUGGAACCCACUGUUUCCCUCAGUGACAGUCCCUUGGCAAGCAGGGCUCCGAACUGAACUCCCAGCUGCUGGUCACCCCGUCUGUGCAGGACCCUUCAGUGGGCCUGACCCAGUCCCCAGCCGGUGGCCCCGGUCCCCUCGGGGUUGUGGUUCCCUGUGCAGGUUGUGUGGGGUGUUCAGGGUGAGAGCACAGGCACCGAAGCCAAUUGUGACAGCCUCAGUGUUCAGGGACCCACACGUGUCAGCUGUUCCUGAUUUUUUAACUUGUCCUGAAACAGAGAAGGGCUGGGUCCUAACCUACAGGCCUGCUGUCCUCACGGGACCCUGCGGGAGCCAGCCCUGCUUCUACAGUUGCUGUCAGAGUCCCUGAGGGAGACAGGAAAUGGAGGGCUGUGCAGUGUCUGCAGGACGCUCCCCAGGAAAGUCCCAGGGUGCAGGGCAGAGGUCGUGGGCAGCAGGGUCUUCUGACCCUCCUGGCCCCUCCCCUCAGCCCCAGCAUGUGGUCUUAGCAAUGUUGGAGGGAUUCAGAUAGUUCUUUUUGAGAAUUAAAAAGCUACUGGGGCUGUGUAAUUAAACUCAGUGCUUAUAGCAAAGAAAGUAUCACUAAGGAUGUGCAGUUGAGUAGAACAGGUCACUGCCGUGGUUCUGCAGUGUGUUCUUGGUGGCCCAGCACGUGGCAGCACUCACACCCGCCUGUCUCAUUGGGGUCAUGUGGGCCUGGUGAGCCUGGCUGGGCAGACAGCACCGUCUGUGCAGCUGGUGACACAUGCAGACACGCCCUGCCCCAGGAGCCCCCACCACCCAGGGAGAGUGGUUUCUAGGGUGGAGCUGACCCUCAGCGGGGGUGGGGAGAGGCCCGGAAUGGCUGGGCCGGUGCUCCUUAGGGACUGUCAGCUCCUGGUCGGUGUGUGCUGGCUGGGCACCACUGGGCCUGGGUGCAGCCUGGCUGGCGGGUGCGGGUCACCCAGGGGUUCAGCGCCGGGUCAUCUGGUAACGUUUGUUCUGUGUUGGUGAUUUAGUUGUUUCUCAUUGUGACCUGACUAGAAACUCAUUUGGGAUUGUUUGUAUUUAAUUACAAAAAUAAAGUGUCUUACUUCCUGUUGUCCA